AUGGAUUAUGAAAUCGCUAAAGCAGGAUGGCUCUACCGACAAAGCAGUAUUCUGCGUCGUUGGAAAAAGAAUUGGUUUGUGCUCUAUAAGAAUGGAAAGAUGAGAUACUUUGAAAGUCCAGACAGUACUACAUGUGAAGAGAAUAUAAAUCUUCCGACCAUGUUGAUUUGCAUAAAAACAGGCAAGCAGAUUACAGAUUCAAAUGCACCUCCUGCUGGUUUUAGCAUUUCUUGCAUGUUGGAGUUGGUGAUCCGUGACAAGAGGUUAAUUAUGUGCGCAGAGAGUCCUGAUGACAUGAGAGCUUGGGAAAUUGCUCUUGAGGAGGCUAGAGUCCUUCGUCCAACACGCCGCUUCUCUGAUCCUGCUCUAACAACACGCCAGCAGGAAUAUUAUGGUAUGGCACCACCACCCUCAUAUGCUCAGUUGUAUGGCCAGCCACAGGUUGUCACCUAUGCUGACAAUGAGUUUCCUGGAACUCACUCAGUUCAACAAGUGCAUUACAUGCCAUAUGGUCAAAAUGUUGUUUACAUGCAAAGCCCAUACAGACGGCGAAACUACAGUGGAACAGAUGUUGCAGUGGGAAUGGCCACUGGUGCCUUGGUAGGCUCCAUGUUGUGGUCACCCUUCCUCUGGUGGUGGUGA